AUGUCUUUUGUCCACAAUAACCAGCACGAGAUGCGAUACUUAACAAGGAACUUUAACGCCUUCGCCUGCUGCUGUUCGCUACUGCUCCUACCACUAGGGGGGUUGGCUGACGCAGAAAGAGGCGGUGCUGAAACCCCGGCGAAGGCACCCAUCCACCAACAUCAGCACCAGCCACAAUCAGCCUACCAGCAACCACCGAACAGCAACAACAAACUCCAUCAACCAACGGUUGCAUCCCACCACCAUCAACCUUCCCAGCACCAUCCGGAUGUACCGCCGGCCCAUUACCAUCAGCAGGUGCCACCGCCCGCGCCACCACCCUCACCACCACCGUCACCGGUCCCAGAACGGGCCCUGUCCCGUCAGCAACCAUCGUCGCUGGCCACCUCACCCCAGCCGUCCGCCCAGCAAUCGUCCCGACCGCUCGAAACGCGCAACUCCUACACCGUGCUGAGCCAAGCGAUGUCCCAGGCAGUGCACCACGAAUUCGAUUUUUUAUUUCUCAUUUCAGGCACGUACGGUAGUGGGGCGUUGGCCGGUGGGGAGGCCUGCACCAUCGACGACAUUGACUGUCUGGCGCAUCACGACCAACUGGGCAUGGAGGCAAUCCGAUCACUGCAUCGGCAGCUCGAUGAUGAUGAUAACGGAGACAUCGAUCUAUCUGAAUCUGACGACUUUUUACGAGAAGAACUGAAGUACGACUCGGGGUACGAGAAGCGACACAAGGCAUUCCACUUCAACGACGACAUGCACAUCUCGGUGAAGGAGCUUUGGGAGGCUUGGUUACGGUCGGAGGUGCACAACUGGACGGUGGAUCAAACGACCGAAUGGCUGGCGCAAAGCGUCCAGCUGCCACAGUACGUACAUUUGUUCCGUCUGCACAAAGUCACCGGGAAGGUAUUACCCCGGUUGGCCGUCAACAACAUGCACUACGUGAGCAAUGUGCUCGGCAUCAAGGAUCCGAUCCACAAGCAAAAGAUAGCACUGAAGGCAAUGGAUGCCGUACUGUUUGGUCCGCCACGGGAAACUGGCACGCGGUGGAAAGACUUACUGCUCGUGACGCUGCUGCUGACCGCAAUCAUAGGCAGCUGGUAUGCCUAUCAUCAGAACAAGAGCGCCAAAAUACACAUUCGCCGCAUGGCGAAGGACGUCGAGGGUUUGCUGAAGGCGGAAGUAGCACUGAAAGAGAUGCAGAAGGAACUGGAACAAGCCCGGAUCGAGCAGGAAAACGUGGGCAAGGAAAAGAUGGACCUCGAACGGAGGCUCCGGGAAGCGCCGACCCUGUCCUCCUCCAGCUCCGAUCUGGAGCUGCAGCAGCUGAAGCAAGAGAUCGAGGUGCUGCGGUCGGAGCUGAACCGGGCCGAGGUGGAAAUACAUGACCACUGCUGGACGCCGCCGCAGGGUCUCCAGAGCUGGCUGCAGCUGACGUACGAGCUGGAAAACAAGCACCACAUCCGGAAACGCAUCAUGGCGGAGAAGCAGCUCGAACAGGCGCGAGAAGCGUGCGAAAAGCUGCGGAAGAAACGGUCCAGCCUGGUCGGUGCGUUCGUGUCGACGCACGGCAAAAGCAUUGACGAUGUCGACCGAAGCAUCGUGGAGGCGCGCAACGCACUCAACGACGUGACGAACGAUCUGCAGGAGCGGAUGCACCGGUGGAAGCAGAUCGAAACGAUGAUCGGGUUUAGCAUCGUUAACAACAGCGGUAUUGCGCACCUGGAGAACCUGCUCUACAACCGUAACGGUGUCGCUGGCAAAACCUAUCGAUCACGACUGUCGAGUAGCCAGGACGAUCUGGACGAUGAUUCCGUGCAAGGAUAUCUGGAGAGCAAUUGUCGCGGUGGUCGGGACGAUUCCUCCGCCAGCGAUGAAGGUGACCGUGAACGCGACACGGUGACGUUCUUCCUUGGCGGUUGCCCGUCCACUUCCAACUUGCAGAUGAGCGCCCUCAACACCCUCAACACCGGCAUCAUCGCACCGAGUACGGCCGCAUCGUACUGCACGUCGGCGACCGGUACACCGACCGGUUACGGUCCAGGGAACACCAGCAGCAUUACCAACACGGCCACCAGCAGUAGCGGCAGUUAUCCGAGCCUUUCGAACUACUCCGUCCCAGCGCUACCGGUCGGCAUCUAUCCGGCACUGCCGUCCUCGUCUUCGCUGUAUGGGGCGUCAAACAGUGCGGCCUUCCAAUCCAUCUCCCGCGAACAAUCCGUCGGUGACAGUGCGCAAAGUUUGCUCGGUGACGAAUGUCUGGUGUCGUCGUCAUCGCCGGCAACGAUUGACCGGUCCACUGUACUGCCACGGGGUAAGAAGGCUCCGGCCAAACUGCCCCAGGUGGUACCGAGUACGGUCGGUAAGGCACCGAUGCCACCGCCUCGCAAAACACUAUCCUCGCAGAGCCUCUUUCAAAUGGCCCGAGCUGAUAGCACGGACCUGGUCACCCUGGAAUCCCCAACGGUACCUGUUCCACCGUCAGCUUCAACAGUCUCGACGCCCGCGUCGUUCGCUCCGGUCGGUGCCGCCGGGCCCGUCGGCUACCACCAGCAACUACCGCAGCAUCAGCAGUAUCUGCAGCACCAGCAACAGCUCCAGCAGCGGUUCGUCGACGGUAAGGUGUCACAGCAGCAGCCGCAGCAGCAUCAACAGCACGGGAAGGAUGUAUUCCAGCCUGCUCGGCGAAACGGAGGCGGCGGCCAAAAGUCUGCGACGAUGGCCGUCGGAGACGCAGUCGCUCCCGUUGGUGCCAGCGCCCUGCAACAGCCCGACGAUACCGGCUCGACGGACUCGUCCAUCUUUGACGAGGACGUUAAGAAGCGCCCCAGGAAGCUGUUUUCUUUCGGGAAGCGCUUUGCCAAGUCGAAGAAACAGCAAUAA